AUGCCCCUCCGCCCCUACACACCCCACGACUCUCUGGCCCUAGCAACCAUAACAGCAGCAUGCAAUCUCACGGAUCCCCUGGCGCGGUACUGUCGCCAUAUCAAUCGCGACGAGUACCAGCACCAGCAGACCGCAGAUCACAACAAUGGAGACGACGAUAGACAGUGGAAAGCGCAUAUAAAAUCGUUACGGAAGUCAUUUGAGUUUGAGAUGUUGCUUCCGGGGACGGUUUGUUGGGUCGUAUACGUGCAUGACCACAAUCAAUCUGUAGAUGAUGCGAAUGACGAGGGAAUUGGUGGAGGCGAGAAGGUAGUCGGCUUCGCAAUCUGGAAUCGUCACGGCGAUUCCGAGACGGCUCAGAAAUGGAGGGUUGAAGGGUCGAAAGUAUCUACUCGGAUCAAGAGUAUGAUGAGCUACAUAACAAUGACGCUCACAUACCCCUUCGACACCAGCAUUAAUCACACGCACAUGACCAACUUUCAGCGACGCGUCCGCACUGCGCCAUCGCCUCUUCCUUCUGGCCAGAAACUAAAACUACCGCGCGAAAGAUGGGAACUUGAAGCCCUCUAUAUUGCGCCAGACUACCAACGGAGAGGGUAUGGGAUGGAAGCUCUGAAAUGGGGGCUAGAUGUUGCGAGAGAGGAAGGAGUGGACGUGUGGGUUUGGAGUUCGGAUUCCGGUAAAAAGGUGUAUGAGAAAGGCGGGUUUGAGGCGGUGGGGAGGAUUGGGUUUGGAGAUUUACUUUCUGAUGCUACGUUGACUAAUAAAAAUAAUGAUGACAGUGUUGGUGAUGGGGAUGGGGAUGGGGAUGGGGAGGUGGCAGUUUGGGUUAUGGUGUGGCGGGCUCGAGAUCAUGAAAGUUAA